AUGGAAGGCUCAAUUAAAGGCGGUACUCUCAAAGGAUUGGUGGUCUUAUUGACGAUGCACAACUACCUUGACAUGAAGUUCAUCAACACUUUCUUGUUAACCUAUCGAUCAUUCUGUACACCCUCUGAGCUUUUGGACAGACUAGAGGACAGAUAUAAUCUGAGAGUUCCAGAAGGGCUAUCAGGGGAAGAAUUUGAGCUUUGGGAACAAAAGAAACUUAGGCUAGUUCGGUUGAGAGUGACGAAUGUAUUGAAGAAUUGGUUAGAGCAGUACUACAAUGAAGAUGAUGCCGUAAUUCUCGACCGAUUACUCCUGUUUACCAAGACAACCAUUCAUCAAACACUUUCGUUCUCAGCUGAGCAGCUCGAGAAACUUAUCCAGAAACGCAAGCAAUCACCUACCAAGAAUAGUGAUAUCAAGAGGAUGAUUCGCACAGUCUCUAACCCCCCAGAUCCUAUUUUACCUCGUAACCUAAAAAGAUUCAGACUGAUUGACAUUGAUACACUCGAAAUGGCUCGCCAGAUGACAAUUAUGGAUUUCAAGCUCUAUAAUGACAUUAAACCGGUCGAAUGUCUUGAUAAGGCUUGGUCGCGCGAUCAAGGGGAGCCUAACAAAAGCGUGGCAGUCCACAUACGAGCUUCGAUCGAAUACUGCAACAACGUGACCGCCUAUGUUACUGCUGCAAUUCUGAGCCAAAAGGAUAUAAAGAGACGCUGCAAUUUGAUAAAAUAUUGGGUGCAAGUGGCAGAUCGAUGUAAGCACCUUAACAGCUUUAAUACUUGCAUGGCCAUUCUAUCUGCAUUUGAUAAUAGUGCAGUUGGACGCCUGAAACGUACCUGGGAAAUGGUCGGUACCCGUACACACCAAAUGCUCUCCUCGAUACGAAAGUUGAUGGGUGCAAAUCGAAACUUUAACCAGUACAGAAUCUUGGUUCGAUCAAUUAACCCGCCAUGUAUUCCUUUCCUUGGGAUAUACUUGCAAGACCUGACGUUCAUUGAAGAUGGAAAUCCGACGUAUCUCAAGUCUUCAAAAGAUAUGAUCAAUUUUGCUAAACAGACCAUGAUUGCCGAGGUUGUUCAGGAGAUUCGGCAGUAUCAGCUGGUACCCUACCGGCUCAAACCUGUAGAUGAGAUUCAGGCUUUUAUCCGGGCCAAUUUAAAAAACAGUCGAGAUGAAGAGCAGCUAUAUGAGGAGAGUUUAAGACUUGAACCAAAAGAGCGAGAAGAUGAAAAGAUUACAAGGCUCUUGCAAGAAUCUGGAUUUUUGUAA